GUAAUAAGAAACAUAGCAAUUUAUUCUUUUGCUUCUUUUUCUUCUUAUUUUCUAUUUUCCAAAACCCUAACUGAUUCAAUUGGUCAUGUAGCAAUUGGAGUUGAGAUUAUACGAGAAGAGAUGAGAAGGUAACAAUGGUGUUCGUGCUCUUCGCGGUUCGCGUUCUUCGUGGUUCAGCUUUCUUCGUCGUUCAGUCCUACUACUGCAGAGAUGAGAUGAAAGAUGGCAUUCGCAGAUUUGAAUCUGAAUCUCUAGGAAGUUAGCAUUUAUCGUUCGCCACCUCUGAGCUAAUCUCCGAUCUGCUCUCUUUUUCUCUUUUGUGCCUCUCUCCGCCAUUGCUCUGUUUUUGCUUCAAAUCUGCUCUCGCCGCCGCUGCUCUGCUCUCUGCUCUGAUCCCCCACUAGAAGGAGUCAUCACAAUUUGCUUCAAAUCUCCGUCACUGCCUCUGAACUCUCCCGCCUUCGGCAUCUGAAUUCUGAAGAGGGAUGGAUAGAUAUUUGCAUGGACCAAGGCCUUGAAGAAUCUAAAGGAGAAGGGUGUGAUUAAUCCAACAGGAAGAGAAAGGAAACUUCCUUUGAAGGUUAAUGCAAGUGGUUCAGUUCAGAACAAAUGUUGGACCCUUGAAACUGUCGACCAUAAGGAUUCCAAGGAGCCUGAGGUAUUGAGAAUCAGGGGUUUUAAAUUUAACAAAGUUGAUCAGCUAGAAGCAAAAUACACCGAGCCUGGCAAGUUUACCCUCAAGCCUUGAACCUGCAUCUGCUCUUAAGAAAUUUUAGCCUCUCAUCUGUAAGUGUUGUUAUGAACUGUGUUUGGGAGUGCCUUUCUUAGUUUAUAUUCAUUUUUACUACUGCACAAACUAUAUUUUUUUUGCAUGGUACUUUUCAUAGUUUAGUAUUUAUUGCAUUGUAGAUAGAAUUAAGGAUAUACUCUUGUUUGAAAUUUGAAGGAAUAUUCUUAUAUUGGUUCAAUGGAUAAGUCAUGGAUCACAAAGCCACGAAACUCAAUAGAGUAUGAGCGAGGGGUUAGGAGGUUUAUUGAUUUUUCCUUCGAAAAUAGUUUAGCUGAAGCAACUGUAUGCCCUUGUUUGAAGUGCGGUUUUAGAAAAAAAGUGACAAAGGGUGAGAUGUAUGAUCACUUGAUAUGUACCCAAUUCCCGAAAGAAUAUACACUUUGAUUUUAUCACGGAGAGACUGAGGUAGGGGAUCCCAGUAGUAACGUCUCAAAUAGUGAUGCUUCAAAUGCUUUUGAUGUUUUGUUUAAUCAAGAUUCUAUUCAUGACAUGCUUGGAGAUGCUUUUGGGACUGAUAUGCACUGGGCAAAUGAAGUCUCAUUAGAGUCAGAUGAAGACAUUGAUGGAGUUGAAAGAGUGAUGCCAGAUGUAGCUGAUGCAGCGGAGUUUGAAGAAUUAGCAAGUUAUGCAGAACUACCUUUGUAUGAAGGGUGUACAAGAUAUUCAAGAUUGUCCUUUUUGGUGAAGAUGUAUCAUAUUAAGUGUAUAUGUGGGAUGACUGACAAGGCAAUGUCGAUGAUAUUUGAACUCUUACAUGAUGUAUUUGAACAUGCAGAGAUUCCGAGUUCAUUUUAUGAAGCUUGGUAUAAAUUAUGAGAAGAUACAUGCAUGCCCAAACAAUUGCAUGCUAUAUUGGGGUGAAGACAAGGAGAAAGAAAUGUGUAAAGUUUGCAAUAGGUUUAGAUGGAAACUAGAUACAAAGGGUGGUGAGAUUCAAGAAUCAAAUGAUGGGAAUAUUAGGAAGAAGGUGCCUGCUAAAGUUCUUCGUUACUUUCCACUAAAACCUCAUUUGCAAAGGUUAUUUUUGUCUUCAAAGACAGCCGAGGCCAUGAGAUGGCAUGAUGUUGCUCCUAAGGAAGAUGGUGUAAUGACGCAUCCUAGAGAUUCAGAAGCUUGGAAGAUGUUUGAUUUAAAAAACACUUCAUUCGCAGAGGAUCCACGAAAUAUACGUUUGGCAUUAGCUACUGAUGGUAUUAAUCCCUAUCGUAGUAUGAAUGCAAAUUCUAGUACCUGGCCAGUUAUUCUCAUUCCUUACAACACUCCUCCUUGGAUUUGUAUGAAGCGGACGUCUUUUAUUCUUUCAAUGAUAAUUCCUGGAAAAAAGAUGCCAGGAAACAAUAUAGAUGUCUACUUACAACCGUUGAUCAAAGAGCUAAAAGAGUUAUGGAAUGAGGGUGUGGAUGCAUAUGAUUCUUUUGAGAAAAAGGCGUUCAAAUUGCAUGCGGCGUUGAUGUGGACUAUAAGUGACUUUCCUGGGUUAGGAAUUCUCUCCGGGUGGAACACGUAUACUGGACUUGCUUGUCUAUCUUGUAACUUCGACUCUGUUCCUUUUCAACUUCCUCAUAGUAGAAAAUCAUGUUUCAUAGGACAUCGUCAUUUUCUUAAUCAAAGGCAUCAGUUUAGAUUGAAUAGGGUUCGAUUUAAUGGAGAGCAAGAAUUUCGCAAUCCACCGAAGAGGUUAUCUGGUCUUGAUAUACUUGAGCAUGUCAAGGACAUCAAUGUCACAUUUGGUAGAAAAGAAGAGGCAAAAGUUAAGGGGAAAAGAAGACGUGGUGAGCGUGCUACAGAAGGUGCUAAGCAGUGGAGGAAGAAAAGCAUUUUUUUUGAACUUCCCUAUUGGAAGUAUAACCUAUUGCGUCACAAUCUUGAUGUGAUGCAUAUAGAAAAAAAUGUAUGUGAUAAUGUGAUAUACACGUUGCUAAAUGACAGCACCAAGUCAAAAGACCACCUCAAUGCUCGAAAAGAUCUUAAAGCUUUAGGCUGUAAGCAAGAUCUUUGGCCAGAUGAGAAUGCCUAGAUUCCUCCUUUGUAUUUUAGAAUUAUUCUUGUAUUUUAGAUGACAUUGCUUCAUUUGAAUGCCUAGAUUCCUCCUUUGUUUGGAUUAAAUUGCCUUUAUCUUGUAAGGAAGAGAAAGAGCUUUCAAAGUGCUCCUUGUUCUUCUCUGUUUAGUUUAUAAUAUAGUGGGCAACUGGGCCUACACUUUUACAGAAUUUAUUCUAGGUUGCAGGUGAUUCCGAAAAGUUGAUAAAGGUGUUAUUUGAGCUUACAAGACACCAUGCCCCCUCAACCAUAUUUCUUGAUGAAAUUGAUGCAAUCAUUAGUCAACGCGGUGAAGCUUGAAGUUUUAUCUUCUUGUUACUUGUGCAAGUAAUGCUUGAAGAAUACUGGUUUUAAGUCUUACACAAGAUUAAAAGGGUUGCACAGUAACUCCAUGCUUUUACUGCUCUAGAAAAGUUUUAUUUAAUUUCAACAAGGUUUCAAAUUUUGUUCAGAUUAAAAUGAUACUUGAUCAGCAAGAAACUGUUUAGUACUAAACUUGAUUUAAAUUUGGUGGCUGCAGGCUUGUAAUAGCCAUUCAGUAACAUAUGUCCCAUUAUAUGACACACUUGGUCCAAAUGCAGUGGAGUUUAUCAUAAACCAUGCUCAAGUUUCAAUAGCAUUUGUACAGGAAAACAAGAUUCCUUCUAUUUUGUCUUAUUUUGGUCAGUGUUCUUCAAAUCUUAUAACUAUUGUGAGUUUUGGUAAUGUUUCGACCGUGCAAAAGAAGGAAGCUGAGGAAUAUGGUACAUCCUGCUUCUCUUGGGAAGAGUUUUUCCAGUUGGGGACCUACCACCAAAAAAGAAGACUGACAUUUGCACAUUCAUGUACACAAGUGGAACCACAGGCGAACUGAAAGGUGUCAUAAUUAAGAAUGAGGCUUUCAUAGCGAAGUUUUGUCUAUUGAUCAGAUACUUCAUUUAACAGACAAAGCAGCAAGCAAAGAUGAUGUGUACUUCUCUUUUCUUCCUCUUGCUCAUGUCUAUGACCAGAGAAUGGAGACCUAUUCCAUUUAGAGGGGAGCCUUAAUUGGAUUCUGGCAAGGCGUAAGAUUCGGAUUCAGUUUUCAUCAUUAGUAUUUUGCUCUUUCUUGUAUAUGUCUCAUUUUGAUGCUUCGUUCCAUGUUAAUUGUUUCAGAAUGUAAGGUACUUAAUAGAGGAUGUUCAGGUGUUGAAGCUAACUAUAUUUUGUGGUGUUCCUAGAGUUUUCGAGCGUGUUUAUGCUAGUAGAGAGACAUUACUUUUGUCCUACUGCUACCUUAACUCAUAAAUGUCUUAGUUAUAACUAAUGACUUGUUCCUGAAGGUAUCAAUAGCCAAAUUUCAUCCGGAGGAGCAUUCGGAAGUGCAUUGUUUCAGUAUGCAUAUAAUUACAAGUUAGAAUACUUAGAGAAGGGUCUUCCACAAGACAAAGCAGCACCAUUUUUUGAUAGGCUUGUAUUUGAUAAGAUAAAACAAGGCUUAGGUGGAAGAGUUCGGCUUCUAUUAUCCGGCGCUACUUCUAUUUAUUUAUGUCACAUGCUGUUUAAAAUCUCUAUUAAAUCAUAAGAAUGUUUCCUAGAUUGAGAUGCAAUUCUAUACUCAUUUAUUUUGCAGAAAGCGGCAACUAAGAGAAUGGAUAUGCAAGCAUCAAAAGAAUUCCUUGCUGAACUCAAGGUUCUAACACACGUCCAUCACUUGAACUUGAAUGUGGGCUAGGCUAUUAUCUUCGACGAAUCAACCCAGCUUUUUGGGCAACAAGUGUUACAAGAUAACAUCGAAGAAGAACCACUAAACCAACUGCUACAUGGAGAAUUUCCAGAUGGCACCUUGGUUAAGAAAGAAAUUAAUAGCAUUUAACAAUAUGCUUCCUUCAUACCCCUUCGCUAUGCUAUAUGCAUUUAAUUUUUAGUAGUAUAUAUGAGCUUUUUUCUUCUCUUUUUUUUGAGCCCCUCCACUCCAUAAAAUGGCUGGGGAAAAAUUAGCCUCACAUUGUUGUUAUUUUUGUAAAACUUGUGGGAUUGAUUUUGAAUUUGUUGAAAUACAAUGUCAUUUUUGGAGAAUUCAACUUUUGAUAAUAGAAAUUUUUGAUGUUGGAGAGAU